UCUUUGGUACCCCGCACAUUAUACCCCCCGUGGUUUUCAUCAUAAAAUCGAGUCUAGAUCAAGUUUAGUUCACGAUCGUUCGUUGUACUGUGUGUUGUUGUCUUGUGAUCAUUUUUUUCGCUACUAUUUUUAAUAUCCCCAUUAAAUUCCAAUUCAUUUCUAAUUUCAAUAAAAAAAAUUAUUACCAUCAUUGAAGAAAAAUAAAGUGAUUGUUUACGAUAAAGUUCAAGUGAAAAGAAAUUAAUAACACAACAAAAAGUAGUGGACAAAUUUUCAUAAAAACAAUAAUUUGAGUAGGAGGAAGAGAGACAAAAAUUCAAGAUGCAAUGGAAUGAAGAUAAAAGUGAUUUGAGAAUAGGAAGUACCUUGAAAAGCUUUCACUAAUAUGUAAAAGAAAAAAUUAGAAAACAAUUUUUUUUCGCCUAUUUAACAUCUCUCCAAAUGAUCUUGUGGUGAAGAAACGUGGAAAACAUAAUGCUGAGAGUGAAUCUAGUCGUGAUUCUGUUGGCUGUGAUUUGCGUGGUACAUGCCCUUCAACAUUCUUCAGCAUCUGAUGAUGGAGUUAACAAGCCUUCUUUUUCUUCUUCUACUUCAUCUCGAGUUUUCGUGACUCACGAUGGAACUGAUUUUAUAGAUAGUAGUCGACGUCAAAUGCAAAUUGCACAUUUUCAAAGUAGAGGCUUUCUUGAUGAUGCUAACGAUGCUAUCGAUGAUGCGGAAUCUGCCUUUAAAAAUGUGCAAUUGUAUGUGAAAAAAGCAGUUGAACCAAGGAAGCGAAACAAGCAUAAUAACAAGAUGUUAGCAUUGCUAAUGGCCUAUAAAAUGAAGCUAAUGGCACUAGUUCCUAUUCUGGUUGGAGGUGUAAUUUUAUUAACGUCAACAACGGCGCUAGCUGGAUUUUUCUUCGCUCUCUUCGCCGCAGUUUUAGGACUUAGAUCGAAAUGAUGAUUUUUUUCAAUUAAAAAAAACAGGUUGAAAUCAGGUACUCGAAAUUUUUUUUUAGGGAAGAAAGAAAUUUUACGCAAAGAAAAACAAAUUAAAUUAACAACAAAUGACUUUAUUUUUUUUUUUUUUUGGCAAAAAAAAACAAUUUUGCAUCGUCUUAUACAUCGAUUUACAAAUAAAUAAAUAUUGUUAUUUUUCUUUGAUUUCACAUCAAAAAGUAUUAGGCGAAUACAAUCUUAUUGACAGGCACUUUUUCGAUAAUUUACAAUUAAAAAAAAUAUUGUACAUUUUUUCUGGAUUUAACCCUUUCUUCAGUAUUUAUACAUAUAUAAU